CAACAUGAGACAAGUUGCCCAGCAACUGUCGGAGGUCGAAUCGAGCAAAGUCUUACCCGAUUGUCGCCGUCCGGGUUGGUGACAACCACGGCCAGCGGGCGUCGUUGGCCGCCUAAAGGCUCCAGUCGGCCUCGUUUCGGCCGUCUCGAGUCCGUCGCCCCAACGCCGCCUUCAUCGUUCGAGGCCUCAAACUCGUGGCUACUUCUCGAGGCCUCGAAUUCGUGGCUCCUUCUCGAGGCCCACAGCCUCGGGCUCGAGUCUAGCUUGAGCGUCGAGGCCGAAGCUGAGGAGCGCCGCAUCCCGUGGCUCGGAGUCACGAGACCGGCGGUGGCCGACUGCAAGCCGGACAGGCUGGAGCGCAGCCAAGCGGGAGUCGAAAAUGAUGACCGCCGGCGGGCGGCAUCCUUCGGGCCGGUCAGUCGAGGCGAUGGCGAGACGGAGAGACUCGGCCUCGCGGACGAGCCCGGAGUGGAGGCCCUGGCCUGUAGUGGUACAAAACAGGAGAUGCAGAAAGAAAGAGGGUGA